AUGGGCGUCUGUUUGUCGUGCCUGCGGGGCCAGGAGAGGACUGAGUCCGAGUCCUCGCGUUUGCUAGAUGAAGAUAUAUACCAGGCCGGGUUCAACUAUGGGACAGUCCAAGGGCCUCCUCCGGGUCCAGAACUGGAGACGCUGAAGCGUGAGAGGGAGGCUCUCGAAGCUAUCUGCCAGCGAGCGUCCGACUCCGUCGUCGAUAUCUGGGCUAUCCAGUCUCAGCCCUUUGUACCCUCUGCUCAGAGCAGUGCCCAGGCAUCUCGGAUCCCAAGUUCAGAGGCAACCAUCACCCAAGCCACUUUCAGAGCAGAUACAUACAACUCAACGCAGUCUCCUCCAAGGGCCUCGCACAGAUCGCAGUCUUCUCGCCAGUCGUCCUCUCCCACGCCCGGCGAAUUCGCGGGGAUGAGAUAUGUGUCUUGCCGCAACCCUGACUAUCCGAAUAAUGUCAACUUAUCGGCCGUACCCAAGCACUGGGGAGAAGUUGUGAUGAGCACGAGGAAAGGGAAGAAGACCCGGCCUGCCUUGAACCUCGACAACGACAAGAAAGACGAGAUCGACGUCUUUGGGGUGUUGAAGGUGAAGUAG